GCGGCGCUCUUGUGUGCGGUCCUGUGAAUCACUGAAAAUAUUACUUUGGGGCGUUAAAAUGAACCGUGCCGGCAAAACUCGAUUGGCAAAAUGGUACAUGCACUUUGACGAUGAUGAAAAGCAAAAACUGAUUGAGGAGGUUCAUGCUGUCGUAACUGUUAGAGAUGCUAAACAUACGAAUUUCGUCGAGUUCAGAAAUUUCAAAAUCGUGUAUAGACGCUAUGCUGGAUUAUACUUCUGUAUUUGUGUCGAUGUUAGCGACAAUAACUUAGCAUAUCUCGAAGCAAUUCAUAACUUCGUCGAAGUACUAAACGAAUACUUCCAUAACGUUUGCGAGUUAGACCUGGUGUUCAACUUUUACAAGGUUUACAGUGUCGUUGAUGAAAUGUUCCUGGCCGGAGAAAUCCGCGAAACUAGUCAAACGAAGGUUUUGAAACAGUUAAUGACUCUUUCAUCUCUAGAAUAA